AUGGUCUUCGGUCGUCGUCGUCAACUCAAGAGAAAUAUUGUGCACCAGAUCAGAGAACGUGCUUGUUACGGUGAUAAAUUCCGCAUUUCAAAUGUGCCUAAAGCGGCAUUGACAGGCACCCCAGACGAUGGUGUCGAAGACGAAGAAGAAGGUCAUCUCAUUCAUCCCCAGCAAAAGUUUAUUUCCGCUCGACAUGCCCAGCUUGUCGAAAUCCUUUCUGUUCUAAGUAGUUUAUCUGAUCAUUACCAGGUCAGCAACUACGAAAAUGCAGAUUAUGAACUCCUUUAUGAUGCUGUCGAUAAUCUUGAUCGGGUGAUUCUUGAAUUACAAGAUGAGGCAGGCUGGCUCGUCGCCGUCCGAUCGUUGACUUCAUUGACAUCAACGAAGAGUAUCGUCAAUCAUCUUUGUGAAAACGCCAAGGUAAAGCCAAGCGUCGGCAACAACGCAGCAGAUACCAGGCAAAAAGAACCUCCGAAAGAGCUUUCAGAACAGGUACAGCAGAUCCGAAUCGAGGACGAGCAGCUCGAUUGUUGCGUAAAGCCUGUUCGAGCAGAUCUUUUGUACAUCAUUCAAACUCCGGCGAUGAUCAACAAAAUUUGCAAAAUGGCCACGAGAGUUCCACCUACUGAGCAUGGAAUCUGUAGUUACGAUGACGUCAUAUCGCCGUGGAUUUUUACAACGUUCAACGAAGACCUUGGAACAUAUUUCGGCAAGAGUAGAACUCACUACUAUCACAUGGUUGAGCGUGUUUAUAAAAUCUUCGCUAUUCGGCUUCUUAACCUUGUCGCCACUGAACCUUUUGGCUGCCAAAUGCUUAUAGAAAAUGGGUUUGUUGGCGAUUUAGUUGAGCGACUUGAUUUUGUUUUUUCGACCGAGCAGAGUAUGCUUGUGAAUACACUACAGAUCUUCGCGAUGCGAAUAAUCUAUGCCGUGCAAGAAUUCGGGGUGCAUCAAUACAGAAUAGAGCUGAAGCCCUCGUCUAAAAUGGGAAAACUUAGCUUAAAAUCAAAGGACAACCCCGUCGACCGGCUAGUCAUUAUCUUUCUCAACUUUCCGCUAAAGAGUCAGACAGCAUACUGGCUGUGCCAAGGACUUACGUCCAUGGUAAAAACUGGAGAAAUUUCGCAAGAUCAUAGCAAAAUGCUCAUACCAGCUAUCAUCCAGCGACUUUUGAAGAAUGAAUAUUUUGGAUUGGAAGAUUUGUCCGGCAUGUGUUAUCUUCUCGGAGCUCUACUUUACAAGCAUCCAAAUAAGUUUUUAACUCUACUAGAUCGCGCUUGCCCAUCAUCUUUCGCUGCACUUCUGAUUGCUCACCCUAUUGAGUGUCACUACAUUGUACGAAAACUUUCCAAAAUUCCACAAAGUGAGGGUACCAAAGCAUCAACUAAACUGCAAACGCAAGAUUUUUUCAUCAAAUGGAUUUUGAGAGCAUGUGAAGCUAUGGGCGGAACUGACACGAUGAACCUAGGGUUGGUUAAUUCUAUCAUUACGAUUUUCAUGGAGCUAUCAAGUUGUGCAAUGCCGGAGUUGAAAAAUCUUCUUCUCAAAAUUGAGAAAGACUGCAAAGACAUCGAAAAAUUUAAAGAAAAAUCUGCCCUUGUAUAUGUUUUUCAGUUCAUGUUCUUCUGGAAAAAACAUUACACUGAUAGAGCAAUGCUACAAUGUGGCAAAGCAUUUGGACUGGACACGAAUAGACAAUUCAUUCAAAUAGACCAAUUCGUCACUGACUUGCUGAAUGUAGAGAUAUAA